AUCUAAGUUCUAACACUUUUUCACUACACUCACUCUCUCACAUUUCACUUUUCAAUCGACUCACCGGAGCUCCCACGCGCCGCCACACAAAAUGUCAAAAACCACCGCAUCCGGCGUCGACUCUCCCUGUAACGACCUCAAGACACCAACACUAGACACAGAGUCUCCCACACUACUCCACUCCAUUUCAGAGCAAGGAGGAUACGCCUACGUGAGAAUGGCAUCACUGGCUGCCGCCGGCGACAUUCGAGCAGCAGAAGCAGUUAGAGAGAUGGCGUGGGAGCAACUUCACUCUGGACCAUGGCACUCGGUGUUACCGGUGUGGCGUGACGCUUAUUCGAUGGCUUGUCUUCAUGUGGCGAAGCAUCACUAUGGAAACGGUGAGUUUAAGGAAGCGCUUAAGGCUUUGGAUAUGGGGAUUAUUAUGGGAGGGAAUCUUCUUAGAAAGGAUUUGGAUUCUGCUAUUGGUAAGGUUUCUGAAAAAGCUAGGAGUAUUAGGGUUUCUGAUGGAAGCUACCAAGAUUUUGGUAACUCUGAGCAUCAACUUGUUGAUCAUGAUUUUGAUGUGUCUAAGGUGCUCCAACUUUUACCUGUUAAGUCCCUUGCAUCUAAGCUUGUGGUGAAGAGGUCCGGCCUGUCGCUGGAGAAAUUCCUGAAAGAUCAUUACCUGUCUGGCACCCCAGUUAUCAUCAGUGAUUGUAUGGCACACUGGCCAGCCAAGAAAAACUGGAAUAACAUAGAUUACUUGCUCAGAGUUGCUGGUGACCGCACUGUUCCGGUUGAGGUUGGGAAAAACUAUUUAUGUGCAGAUUGGAAGCAAGAGCUAGUUACAUUUUCGGAGUUUCUUGAGCGGAUAAGGUCUCAUAGCUGUUCUCCUGGUGGUCCGACAUAUCUUGCUCAGCAUCCAUUAUUUGAUCAGAUAAAUGAGCUUCGGAGAGAUAUUUUUAUUCCUGACUAUUGUUUUGCUGGUGGAGGAGAGCUAAGAUUUCUCAAUGCUUGGUUUGGUCCAGCUGGAACAGUAACACCACUACACCAUGAUCCACAUCAUAACAUACUAGCACAGGUUGUUGGGAAAAAAUACAUUAGGCUUUAUCCGGCAUCUGUGUCUGAGGAACUUUUCCCCUACUCGGAAACCAUGCUUAGCAAUUCCAGCCAGGUUGAUUUAGAUGAUGUAGACGAAAGGAAGUUUCCUAAGGUGCAAGACCUGGAAUUUGUAGACUGUAUUUUAGAGGAAGGUGAAAUGUUAUACAUCCCGCCAAAAUGGUGGCACUAUGUGCGGUCUUUAACUACCAGUUUGUCAGUUAGCUUUUGGUGGAGUGAGGGUGAAAGUUCAUCUCCGUCCUAAUACUGUAUCACUUUGAUGUCUACAUUUCAUUAUUAAUGGAGAAGACAAUCAUAUCCUAAGUUGCGUUGCUGAUAUCUACGUGAUUGAUCAUUUUACAUACCAAUUACAGUUGUAUCCUCGUGCGUGAACAUCAUUUUCAGCACCUGUUGCCAUCGCCAUAAUAUAUUGAUGUAAGGAAAUGUAUUAUAGACUAAGACAAAGGUUUUGGUAUAUGAGUGGCACUAAUGCCAUUCAAUUAAUUAUUAUAAAGAUUGUGAAAGUCCUGAAGAAUGAAUCAAUCUGAUACUCUGUCUAUUUGUAUUGAAAACAGUAAAUCUUGUUAAAAUAACUUAUUUGAAUUUAUCUA